AUGGCUUGGAUGACUUACAUAUCAAAUUGGUUUGAGCAAGAUGAUUGGUAUGAAGGACUACAAAGACCAAACAUGUCCCACGUAAGGCAAGUGGGAUUGCUGGCUGCUGGAUGUCAGCCGUGGAACAGAGACGUAUGUGCUGCCAGUGGGGACAGGUUUGCAUAUUGUGCAACCCUGGCUAUCUACAUUUACCAGUUGGAUCACCAUUAUAAUGAAUUCAAACUUCAUGCAAUUAUGUCUGAACAUAAAAAAACAAUCACAGCAAUCUCUUGGUGUCCACAUAACCCUGACUUGUUUGCAAGUGGCAGCACUGAUAACUUGGUGAUCAUCUGGAAUGUUGCAGAACAAAAAGUCGUUGCUAAACUCGACAGUCAAAAAGGGAUACCCGCCUCUCUCAGCUGGUGCUGGAAUGCAAGUGAUAUGGUGGCAUUUGUUUCCCAUAGAGGACCCCUGUUCAUCUGGACCAUCUCAGGGCCAGACAGUGGAGUGACCGUACACAGAGAAGCUCACAGCUUCUUGUCUGACAUCUGUAUCUUCAGAUGGCACACCCAGAAAAGGGGGAAAGUUGUGUUUGGUCACCUUGAUGGAAGUCUGUCGAUUUUUCAGCCAGGUAAUAAAAACCAGAAACAUGUUUUGAGACCUGAAUCUCUUGAAGGGACAGAUGAAGAGGAUCCAGUUACAGCCCUGGAGUGGGACCCCCUGUCUACUGAUUAUCUUCUUGUGGCUAAUUUACAUUAUGGAAUCCGCCUGGUAGAUUCUGAAUCACUUUAUUGUAUAACAACAUUUAAUCUUCCCAGUGCAGCAGCUUCAGUACAGUGCUUAGCCUGGGUCCCCAGUGCUCCUGGGAUGUUUGUAACUGGAGAUUCUCAAGUGGGUGUUCUGCGCAUUUGGAAUGUUUCAAAAACAACACCUAUUGAUAAUCUUAAAUUAAAGAAAACAGGAUUUCACUGCUUGCAUGUACUCAAUUCUCCUCCAAAGAAAAAAUUUUCAAUCCAAUCGCCAACCAAAAAUCAUUAUACAUCCUCAACCAGUGAAGCAGUUCCGCCUCCCACUUUAACACAGAAUCAAGCCUUUUCUUUGCCCCCUGGGCAUGCGGUGUGCUGUUUCCUGGAUGGUGGAGUUGGACUUUAUGAUAUGGGAGCUAAGAAGUGGGAUUUUCUCAGGGAUUUGGGACAUGUGGAAACUAUCUUCGACUGCAAAUUCAAACCAGAUGAUCCCAAUCUUUUAGCAACCGCUUCAUUUGAUGGUACUAUAAAAGUCUGGGAUAUAAACACACUAACAGCAGUAUACACUUCUCCGGGUAAUGAAGGGGUAAUUUAUUCCCUUUCAUGGGCUCCAGGUGGUUUAAAUCGUAUUGCUGGGGCAACUUCUCAAAAUGGUGCUUUUAUUUGGGAUGUUGAAAAGGGCAGAAUGGUUCAACGAUUUAAUGAGCAUGGAAAAAAUGGAAUAUUCUGCAUUGCCUGGAGUCAUAAAGAUUUCAAAAGAAUAGCAACCUGCAGUGGUGAUGGCUUCUGUAUCAUUCGAACAAUUGAUGGUAAAGUCCUACACAAGUACAGACACCCAGCGGCAGUGUUUGGUUGUGACUGGAGCCAAAACAACAAUUCUGUUCGAAUCUGGGACUAUACUCAAGAUGCUUGCAUAAAUGUUCUCAGUGGACAUACUGCACCCGUGAGGGGAUUAAUGUGGAAUACUGAGAUUCCAUAUCUACUAAUAUCUGGUAGCUGGGACUAUACCAUAAAAGUAUGGGACACUCGAGACGGAACUUGUCUGGACACUGUGUCUGAUCAUGGUGCAGAUGUGUAUGGUUUAACAUGCCACCCACGUCGGCCCUUCACUAUGGCCUCUUGCUCCCGGGAUUCUACAGUGAGACUCUGGUCAUUAACACCUUUGAUCGCUCCUUUACAAAUAAAUAUUCUGGCAGAAAGACCUUGGGAAGACAUUAUCGGGAACACUGACUGUGCUAUGGAACCAAGCACUCCUCCUCUGCUGUGUGGUAAAGUGUCAAGGGACAUUAGGCAAGAAGUGGAAACGCCAACUGGUAAUCCUCGAGCAAAAAAGCUAAGGUGGUUUUCAGAAUGUUUAUCACCUCCAGGUGGCAGUGACAAUUUAUGGAACUUGGUUGCUGUGAUAAAAGGGCAAGAUGAUAGCUUACUCCCUCAGAACUACUGCAAAGGAAUAAUGCAUUCAAGACAUCUGAUUAAAUUUAGAACAUCUGAAGCCCAAGAACUAACAACUGUCAAGAUGUCUAAAUUUGGCAGUGGCAUUGGCGUACCAACUAAGGAGGAGAGACUGAAGGAAGCUGCAGAGAUACACCUGAGACUGGGACAGAUUCAGAGAUACUGUGAACUCAUGGUUGAACUUGGAGAGUGGGACAAAGCCCUGUCAAUCGCACCAGGGGUCUCUGUGAAAUACUGGAAGAAGUUAAUGCAGAGGAGAGCUGACCAGUUAAUUGAGGAAGAUAAGGAUGACGUCAUUCCGUACUGCAUAGCCAUUGGGGAUGUGAAGAAACUAGUCAGCUUCUUUACAUCCCGAGGUCAGCUUAAGGAAGCUCUGCUUGUCACACAGGCUGCAUUUGAGGGAAAUAUGCAAACCAUACAUGUUUCUGCACCAAAAGGAGCUUCAUGUUCUGGUGAUGCCUACAAGGAAGACUUUAAUGAACUCCUGUACAAAGUCAGCAAAGAGCUGGCAGAAUGGUAUUUUCAAGAUGGUCGGGCAGUGCUAGCUGCAUGUUGCCAUCUAGCUGUGGAUAAUAUUGAGCUUGCUAUGGCAUACCUGGUUCGCGGAAAUGAACUGGAGUUGGCUGUCUGUGUGGGCACGGUACUGGGCGAGUCUGCAGCUCCAACAACCCACUAUGCCCUAGAAUUACUGGCAAGAAAAUGCAUGAUGAUUCCAAUAUGGAAUUUGGCAGCUGAUCUUCUGAUGAUGAUUCCUGAUAAUGAACUACAUUUAGUAAAACUCUGCGCUUUCUACCCAGGGUGUGUUGAAGAAAUAAAUGAUCUUCAUGAGAAGUGCAAGCUACCCACAGUAAAAGAAUGUAUGCAGUUAGCUGAGACAGCCUGUGCAACUGGCAAUAUCUUUGAAACUGUGAAGUAUUACUUGUUAAGUCAAGAACCUGAAAGGGCCCUUCCCAUUGGUAUUGACUUUGUCAAAGAUUACAUCAGUAGCUCCAAUUGGACAUUGGAUACCAUUUACCCAAUUCUUGACCUGUUGAGUUAUAUUCGUACUGAAAAGUUACUCUUGGAUACAUGUACUGUAGCUCGAAAUGAGUUGCUAAUAUUAUGUGGUUAUAUUGGUGCAUUGUUGGCUAUCAGAAAACAGUACCAAAGCAUUAUUCCAGCACUUUAUGAGUACACAAGUCAGCUGUUGAAACGUCGGAAAGUGUCAGUACCUUUAAAAAUUGAACAGCUCACCGAAGAACUGGAUGCGUGGAGAGCUUGUACACAGUCUACCAACCAAUCAUUGGAAGACUCUCCUUAUACACCUUCUGAUUCACAAAGAAUGGUUUAUGCAACUUUACUAAAGAGAGUAAAAGAAGAAUCACUCCAAGGAAUUAUUGGACCAGAUUAUGUGACUGGAUCAAAUCUUCCAAGUCAUUCUGAUAUUCACAUUUCUUGUCUAACAGGAUUAAAAAUCCAGGGCCCUGUAUUUUUCCUUGAAGAUGGGAAAUCUGCUAUCUCAUUGAAUGAUGCUUUGAUGUGGGCAAAGGUGAAUCCAUUCUCACCUUUAGGUACUGGAAUACGACUCAAUCCAUUUUGAUAGAAGAUUUCUCUCCAUGCUUCAUUUUUUUUUUUUUUAAUAGAAGAACUUCUGUAAGUUAGUAUUACCUUAAUCUUGGUUGUCCAAGAGCCCAAGGUGGGGAGGAGGACCAGGGGUUGGGAAGGGUAGAUAACAAUA